AUAACCAAAGCAGAGCGCGCACCAACAACACGACGAGGAGAUAAAACACACACAGAAGUAGACUUUAGUUGGAUUACUCGGAUUAUUACACAUGCCAUUAACAGAAUCCGCGUGGAAUGAAAGUGUUGGUUGCAGGUUCAGCUCAGAUCAUAAAUACUCAUCUUCGUCAAAUAAAAUGAGAGGUGAAGAAGCAUCUGGCACUGUCCUGCACAGACUGAUCCAAGAGCAGCUUCGCUAUGGAAACCCUACAGAUGCCCACACACUCCUGGCCAUCCAGCAGCAGGCCCUGCGGCGAGGAGGAGGAGCAGCGUCUUCCUCACAGUCUUCAUCUGAGAGCCUCAGUCAGGACGAGCCCCAGUCUCCUCAGCUAUCGACCCGCCAAGAACCGCAGGGUCAGGAGCACCAGGUAGACUACCAGCACUCGGAGAACUACACCACAUACCCACACCACCAAGAGGAGCUGCCCACGUAUGAACAAGCCAAGGCACAUUCUCAAUAUUUGGCCUCCCAGUGGUGCCUCCCACACCGGGUCUGCUCACUACAGGGCAGUGUGACUGUCCAGAAGCCUUGUGAGGAGCAAGACACCUGGGAUAUGAAGCAAGGCCAUGUACGGUCAAUCAGUGACCGGGUUCUGCAUUUUUCAAUGGAGAGUGGUAAAAUGCCAUGUUCUGCCAGCUACCCUCAAAUCAAUGGAUACCAUGCAAACCAGCACUUACAAUAUAACCCGCAAGGAAUGGAGUACAGCAAACUGGCUCCUUAUACCGAAUACCCCUUUUCAGCGGAGUUUGAAAACGGCUUCAAAGCGCCACCACCAUUUCAUUCCCAGCACAACAGACUUCCAACUCCAGAGGUUUGCCACCGACUCUCCACGUCUCCCCCUGCUGGCAGGGAGGUCAACGCUUGCAGUCGCAGUCAACUGGAAAUGCUCAUGAACGAGAACAAGAGACUCAGACAAGAGCUGGAGGGACAGACUGAGAAGGCCCUCAAAAUUCAGAAGCUGGAACAAGAAAUCCAAAGGAUCUCCGAGGCCUAUGACACUUUGAUGAAGGGCUGUGCUAAAAGAGAAGCUCUGGAGCAAGCGCUAAGAAAUAAGCUGAUGGCGGAGAUCAAGCGGCUACAGCAUUCAAGCGUUCAAGCGGCCAAACAAGCUGAAGCUGCUGACCAGAACCAACACGCUAUAGAGAAGCUCCAUCUGCAGAAUGAAGAGCAGAAGCUGAGGUGUGCGUGUCUGGAACAGGAGGUCCAGCAUCUGCGAAACGAAGCAGAGAAGCAUCAACGCAGGAGCGAGGCCUUGGAGAGCACACUGAAAUCCACACAGGCCCGCAGUCAGCAGCUGUGGACAGAGCUGCAGAGGAAGAGAGCGUAUGUGGAGAAGGUGGAACGUCUGCAGGGGGCUCUGACUCAGCUCCAAGCCACCUGUGAGAAGAGAGAAGGGUUGGAAAUGCGCCUAAGGACACGGCUAGAGCAGGAACUGCGGAGCCUCCGAAAUCAGCAGCGGCAGUCUCAGCCAGUCGGAGGAACAUCCCACGUGAAUGUGUUCACACUGCAGGAGAAUCUGCGGGAGAAAGAGGAGCGCAUUCUGUCCCUUGAGGCCGAUAAGACACGCUGGGAGCAGAAAUACCUGGAGGAAAAGACCAUGAGGGAGUUUGCUAUGGAUGCUGCUGCCACUGCUGCAGCUCAGAGAGACACAACCAUCAUUAACCAUUCACCCUGCCAUUCCUUCAUUGAGGAGCUCCCAUCAACUGAGUACAGGAACCAGGAGGUAGAAAACAGGAUACGUGCCCUGUAUGCCCAAAUCCUAGAGAAGGACACAGUGAUUAGCAUCCUGAAGCAGAAGCUUCAGCAAGAGCAGAAGGGACAGUCAGGUGCCCUCCAACCAGCUACUGCUGACUUCUCCAUCACCAGCUCUCAUUCAACACCUGCACACACUGCCCAGGGCAAAGAAAGGAGCCAUUUCAAUGACCAGGCGGCUGGUACGUUACAUUCCUCGCAUGCCCCGGUAGAGGCCUUGGCACACACAACAGAUCAAACCCCUCACACAGAGCCCAAGCCCAAUAACAUCCAAAAAGCACCAUCUGCUGUGGACCUUUUCAAGGGCCUGGAUGAUGUGUCAGCAGAAGCAGUGGAGAUCUUCAUCUGAACACUUGGACUUGCAAGAUAACCAUUGAGUGACUCAAUGAGGGAGAUUAAAUGACACCACAUCAAGAUGCCGUUGUGAAGAAAGAGUCCAGCUACAUAACAGAGCUGCUCAAAAAUCUCAUGUUAGAGAGGAGCUGAGCUUCUCUCUUAAAACUACAUCUCCAGUCUGAUAUGUUUUGACAAACCGAGACUUUAGCUGCUGGUGAGAAUCCUGCAAUAUUUGGUAUUAACUACAGUCCUGCACUGGAAGGCAGGAACAAGCUCCUAAAAUGUCCUCAUUGUUGCAUUGUCUCUCCUCUGAAAGGACCUGUGGUAGCUUCACCACAUUCCAGUGCCAUUGACUUCCAGGCCGAGGCGCUCACAUGUAUCUUUUCCACCCCACCUUUAUUGAUUGUCAUAAAUGGUUACAUUUUUCUCAUGUUUUUCUAUUUAUGGCUGCUACGCCCUUCAGCGAAGUUAUUCUUUUACAGUGCAUUUCAUUUCUAUGAUCAGGCAUGCUUAACAUUGUCACGUUGUGCGGGACAAUAAUAUGACGUAGACCCGAGAGUCUAACAGAACUCUGUCAAUAGGAAAAACAACUGUAUUACGCUUCUGUAUAUUGUUUUUUUAAAAUGUCCUUGCUCUUAAUGGCGCAUUUGCUGGUCAAGGUGUCAUUUCAAAGUAAAUAGUAAUAUAUAUUUUUUGUAUGAUUAUUUUGAGCCGCAUUGGAAUGUAAAGCUGAGGAACUGAUGCCAAAGAGCAUUUCAGUAAAGUUGUGUGUUCAAAACACACAGUCAAGGGUUGACCUCUUUUAUUUAAUCCAAAAAAGAUGUGAAUGUUCUGAAGCAUUUCAUAGGCCACCUUUACAAUAAAGCUAUUAAUAUAUA